AUGUCAACAACAGUUAUCAAUCUUUCGGGAAAAGUCGCUCUAAUAACGGGAGCAACAUCUGGUAUUGGAUAUUCAACAGCACAUCUUUUUCACCAGCUCGGCGCAACACUUGUUGUGACCGGAAGAAAUUCUGAGCGGUUGAAAACGCUCGAAGAACAGUUGCAAGAUGGAAAGAGUCAAGUUUUGGCCAUCACUGCAGAUCUUACGAAGGAAGAAGAAAUCCGGCGGCUCGCUAAAACGACUGUCGAUAAAUUUCACACCUUGGAUAUCUUGGUCAACAAUGCUGGUAUUAUUGGCAAAGGUACGAUUGAAGACACAACGUUGGAGCAAUAUGACCGAAUAAUGUCGACCAAUUUACGCUCAAUGUUUUACUUGACGCAACAGCUCAUUCCACAAUUGAUUGCAUCUAAAGGUUCUGUUGUAAAUGUAUCCAGUGUUAACGGGAUAAGAUCGUUCCCUGGUGUCUUGGCAUACAACAUAUCAAAAGCUGGCGUUGAUCAGUUUACGCGGUGUAUUGCGCUUGAAUUAGCACCAAAAGGUGUACGUGUCAAUUCAGUCAAUCCCGGUGUCACGAAAACAGAUCUUCACAGACGUAGUGGUAUGGAUGAAGCAGCUUAUGAAGCUUUUAUCAAGCAUUCCGAAAGUACUCAUGCGCUUGGUCGCGUGGGUAACCCAGAUGAAGUAGCAAAUGCAAUUGCAUUUCUGGCGAGCAGUGCAUCAUCAUUUAUCACCGGAGCAUCAAUUCCAGUUGAUGGUGGUCGUCACGCUAUGUGCCCACUAAAGCUAGGAUCGAUGACGCAAUAUACAGCGACAGAAAAUGAAAAUGAAGGAGAAUUUGUCGUAGUGAAUUCAUAUGAUGAUGCAGAGGAGAAUGAGUAUAUUAUUGCAAGUCGUUCGGAACCGGUAAUUUAUCCAGCAAGACGACAGCAUGAAAAUUCGAUUCGACGGAGUAAUCGCCGGUUGAUUGCCAACAAUCGCAAUAGUGACGAGCGAACCGACCCAAUUCCUGGAACUAUUACAAGAAGGAUUAUACCGCCGAGACGUUAUUCUCCAGGUCCAGCUGAUUACAGGACGUUAAAUAUGUCAUCCGUCGAGAAGAAGUCAUGCUUUGCUCCACAUCAUGCUGAGCAAAGUUCAAUGCCUAAGAACGUGACGAAAGAAAUAAUCAGCCACGAAGCUAUCACGCAGCAUAUAAUUGAACAGGAUAAUAACAUUGCUGAAAUGACUGAUGGUCCCGUGUUCCGUGCUAAGUUUAUCAAUACUAUUGCUGAUGUCCCACUUGCCAUAUUAAUGCGUAGUGGACCGUUAGGUAUGAAUGCAUGCGAUAGACCACCAAUAGUGCGACUUACAGGACGAUCAGCAUCUUUCUCAUUUAUCGUGGAUUUAACAACUUUUGACAUUACAGAUCUCAUUUAUGAUGGAUUAGAUGGUUGGAGUUCUCGUGGAUUGGUUUCUAAGUUUUUCUUCAACAAAGAUAAGGCAAAGUGUGCUCAGGGAAAGCAUGAAUAUACAAUUCUGCGGAAAGUUUUAAUCCAUCCUCAUACUGUUCCUUCAAGUUCUGUCCGAAAAGUGAUUUGGCAAGUGAUGAAAGGGAAUGAAUGUUGUAGGUAUGCAUUAAUUUCCUACAACAUCACUAAUGAUGCGGUGCUAGAUAGCCGUGCUUUUGUAUUGGAUCGUGAUAAAAUUGUUGAGACAGAAAGUACAGGUGUUGAAUCCUCAGGCGUGCAAGGAGUUGAUGGUAUAUCUGUGCAUGUUGGUAAUCAAAACGCCAAUACUUCUGAUGAUCUGAUGUGUGAAGGUGAAGAAGAUGGCGAUGAUAUUGAGUUUUACUUUGCUGGAGGAACGGAAAGUCUCAAGCGACAAAUGGAAGAAAUUCCGGAACUAGAUACAGAAGGACUCUGCAUGAUCACGGAUGCACCAGUAUUCAUGCAGAAAUUUGUCGGAACACUGGCGGAUGCACCAUUGGAAUUGCUGAUACAAGAAGAUGAAUUGGAUGCAUCGAUACCCGUAUGUACAUAUGUUCCUAAAAUCAAUCUUUAUGGAGCCGCAGCUUGUCUUAGUUUUUUAAUCGAUACGAAAUGUUUCCCUGUGUCAGAUAUCAGUUCGGAUAAUCUCGGUCAAUGGAACGCUAAAGAUGGACGUCGUAUGAGUGUUCGUAAGUUCUACUACCGAACAAAAAAUAAACCAGACGGAAUGGAGCAGGAAUAUUGCGUGGUUCGACGACGUUAUCUGCAUCCUCAUUGUAUUCCAAAUAAUUCAAUACGGAAAGUGAUUUGGUUGAUCAAAAAAGGUGAUGAAUAUUGCCGUUACUCAUUGGUUUCGUACUAUAUCGAAGCAGAUGCUCAUGUUAUGCAAAUACCUCAUGGUAAUUCGCGUACCAACCAGAAAAGCUAUAUUCGAACAUGUCCAAGUGAAGUAAAGAAACGUCCGUGCAACAUUAAGCAGGAAGAUGCGAUCCUUGCAGAUACGGCAAAUACCGCGGGGAGUCUUAUGUUGCAGGAACCGGAUUUUGAAGUGGGUAACGAGGUGGAUGUCGAAGCUGAUGAUGUUUCGGAGAGCUCCGAAGUAGACGUCGACGGUAACAGUCCUCAGGAAGUCUGCAGUCCUACUGUUCAGGACGUUCUCAUAUCCGACAGUGAAAUGAUCCACAGAAUAAGUUUGGUUACAACAAGUACACCAUUUAAUUGUGCAUAUAUCAAUGCCAUAACAGAAUUACCGCUUUCUUUACUUCGACGACCAGAAAUAACAAAUGAUGUUGCACCAGUAAACACUGCAGUACCUCAAAUUCGACUAAUUAGUCAAGCCGUACAGAUGUCGUUCAUUGUCGAUACUUCGCAGAUUCCAUAUGUGGAGUGGAAUUGGGAUGGAUUGGGUGCAUGGAACACGUCACGUGGCAACCGCGUCACUUUAAGUAAAUACUGUUAUGACACAAACGAUAGUAGAUGUGGUACUAAAGGAUAUGCCUAUUGCGUCAUUAAGAAGAAAUAUGUGCAUCCGUAUUCGGUACCACCCAGUGCUGUGCGGAAAGUUGUUUGGCUUAUCAAGGAAGUUGAUGGCAGCUAUAACAGAUAUAUGCUUGUGACAUACAAAAUCGAACGUGAUGCGGUUGUUACGAUUAAAAGAAUACAACAGCAGGUAGCAUCGGAACAGCGAAUGCAACGAACGUCUAUUCUUGCUGAUGAAACAAUUUAUGACCAAAACGAAAUAAAUCAUGAAAUUGCUCGCGUGACAAAAAGUCCAGUAUUCCUAAAGCAGUUUAUCAAUAAUGUUAAUGAUUUACCACUGGAUACCCUGCUCGAACAAGAUCAAAUUGAUCUUCCGGUAUGCGACGCGGUUCCACAUAUAGCAGUAUUACGUGAACCAACUGUUUAUCCACUACAGAUGACAUUUCUAAUUGAUACGGAAAAAGUAGCAAUAAGUGAUCUCAGCGUUGAUAAUCUAGGACAAUGGAAUACGACACAUGGUCGACGUAUGACCCUUCGCAAAUUUUAUUUUUCUCGUGAUAGGCAACGUUGUCUUGAAGGGGCUCAUUAUUUUACAGUUGUACGGAAAACUUAUGUUCAUCCAAACAGUAUACCUGAUGGAAUGGUUCGGAAAAUAAUAUGGCAAGCUUGCACUCCCGAAGGAUAUGCCAGGUACGCGUUAAUUUCGUAUGAUAUUGGUAUAAACACUGUGGUUGAGGCCAUACCUCACGGUAAUUCAAAACGCAAUACUGCCGUCUACCAACGCAAAGAACCAAGCUUGAUUGCUGAAAGAAAACGUGAAAAGAUAAAGCGAUUAAGCGAGAGAAGUUCCUUGGAACCAGAAGAUGCCUUUGUAGCCAUGAAGCAUGCUCGACUAGGUUCCUACGUUGCUGGUCCAUCAAGUGUCACCUUAUAUGAAGAUAGUAAUUAUGAAGAAGUUGAAGAUGCUUAUCCGUUAACACAUGAAGAAUUGAUGAGUCGUAUGGCACUUCCGAGUUUACGGCGCUUCACAAGACCCUAUCAUAAUGACGAACCGUUCAGUGUGGUCUUUCUAUUAGACCAGCAUGUAGGCAUUGUGCAAUGUGCGUCGUGUGGUGUUGAUUUUUCGCGGCAACCGCAACCUCCCGAAGAUUUGGUUUUGGAACAUGUAGAACGCUUCUGGAACCAACGAACUUGUACCUACUCUACUCAACAAAUGCAAAAGAAAUAUAUACACGCGCGUUUAGAAUGUGUUUUAGCUCGAUAUGAAUAUUUCACAACAUUGGAUUUCCUUGUGAUAUCUCAUGAUGUUCGAAUGCGCUUAACUAAUAUUCAUCAACAGCAUUUGAGUAUUGAAUUUGGUUGUUCAUUUGAAUAA